UGAACACAUUGCAUCUCUGAGCGCUCUAUCCUAUGCAAACCACACAUGUAAAUCUGCCGAGGUUAAAUCAUGCCUUGAAGUAUUAAAUGCCAGCUUUUGCUCCGUGUGAUCAAACCAGUGUCCACGCAGAGGUGUCAACAUCAGGCCUUCCUUAUUUGAGUGAACACCAUGGCAACAAAUGUGUUCAUCAACAAUAAUCAGCCUCAGGCUCCGAUUUUGAUCGCUGCCCAGUCUAACCAGUGGAGCACAGGCAUAUGGGGCUGCUUCGAUGAUUUAAGUGUCUGUUGCUUUGCCUCCUGGUGCUUCCCUUGGUUUGCAUGCAGCACUGCCUCUGAAUUUGGAGAGUGUUUCUGUCUCCCCCUGCUGGAUGUGAUUAUCCCAUCAUGCACUCCACCUGUUUCCAUGUCCAUGAGGGUUGCAGUGCGUCACCGCUACAAAAUCCAGGGAGAUAUGACAGGUGACUGUUUGUACUCCACUAUCUGCAACACCUGCUCCUGGUGCCAGAUUGCCAGAGAAAUCAAGCGACGUAGCCAGGUGCUCACUGUCAUCCCUGCCCAGCCUGUACAGCUGGGUGCCCAACAAUACAUGAUGACCACCCAGAUGGGGGUCGUCACUUCUCAGCCAGUUAUUUCAGCUGCUCCUCAGGGUAUCGUGACCAACGCGGUCAUGUGACUCCUGGUUCUCCAAAAAUCCUGCUGAUUUAUUUUUACUUCUUUAGAGUGUUAUCAGGCAGUCUGUACAGUACAACACAUAUAGCCCCAAACAUAACAUCUAAUCUGGAAAACCAGUCCUAAAUGGCCCAGAAUUCUCAAAGUAAUGCGUGUUUGUGUCUACAUUUAGACUUUAGAUGCAAAAGAAUUUUAUCAACUUUCCUAAUCCAGGAAUAUCAUCCUAUCUUCUCCAGCACAUGACAUCUGCAGAGCUGCCCUAACCUGCUAGGAUUUGGCAGCAUGUGGCAAAAGAUGAGACAAACAUACACACACAUUCCAUUACGUAGGUAAUUAUAGAAUGUUAACCUGAUUUAAGAUUUUGAUUGAUUUUAAACUUCAGUGACACCAUAGACAAAACUCAAUUGGAAGUACAAAAAGACAUAAACUGCAGCAAUAGGGCAUCUUUUGCAACUCAAAGCUUUCUUUUUUUUCUUUAAAUGAAAUUGGUAACAGAUAAGGACAGACUCAAAAUAAUACUUACUAGCAUACUGUACAAUGUAUGCCUUUAUAUGGGUGUAUGUAGCUUGUUUUAAAUACAUGAUGCAAUGCUUGUGAUUUGUUUCUCUUUACCUGCCUCAGAUUGUCUCACAGCCUUUGGAAUGUAUGUAUGGCGUGUCAUAAAUAAUUUGACUUCA